UUCGGCUCUCAGUUUGUGUCUGCCUGCAUCUGGUGAUGGUUGACAAUCUGGAAAAUUGGUUGCGAUAGAUUGGAAAAUUGUUACCGGAGCGCUUUUGGUGGAGGCUCGGUUCGCCCGGUUUGGCCCAGAGAGGUGUCUCACGAUUGAGACGCGCGGUCGCUGUUACGAUUUCAGUGUUUGAUGUCAUGCAGGAGUGCAUAUAGCGAUGUGAGCUGAAAGGAUUUCGCUCGGCUCCAACAAGGAUUGCCCAAAAAGAAAAACAAAUCAAAUCCACAUCCGCUUUUCCGGGUUUCCGGUUUUGUAGGCUUUGGCGGAUGUGAGCUUAUACUCAAUACAUAUGAAUAGAUCUUCGUUAUAUAACCUGAGAUGUGAGGGUCUUAUACCUGUGCGAAUCUUGUGAGUUGUUGUGCCAAGUGUUGCUAUCUAUGGUUAGUGCAAGAAAAUACCGAUCCAUCAUUCAGUGCAUUGUAGUGAGAAGGGAUACGGCUCAAAGCAUGUGAGUCAAGUUGGUAGAGAGGCAUCUUUGUGCAUCGACACAUCCCAGCAAAGCGCAAAACUUCAUAUCGUCUCAAGAGCCGUUCGCUUUGGGAGGUUCCCUGCAUAUUGCAUCGUCAAGUGUUCAGUGUGUGGUUCAAAGCAAGUGAGGAUAAGAGCAGAAAAAAACAUCAAGGACAACAAGUUUGUCGAGUGUGAAAUUGAAAACAACAACUCCCUCCAACCCGUCCCUUGUUGGCAGUUUCGUGGAGUUCUUCGCGCAUGUAGAGUUGCACAACCGUCCGAUUUUGCCCAGAAAGGAUUACAUUCGUACCGGGAAGUCUAAUCUUCCGACCCACCGCAGAAAAAGAGGAGAUUGUGUAAUUAUAAUUGCAUCAACAUAAAUAAAAGUGGAUUUUCCUGGAGCAAAAAGUUUAAACGGUUCCAUCCUCCGGGGCACAGGCAGUUAGCUAGGUGGAUACUGUGAAGUGAUUUUCAUCGGUUUGAAAUCCUGUUUUCAUUACAUUUCCUAGCUAUUUCGGUGGAAAGCAGAGUAACGUGGUAUACAGCAUGUUGGUACGUUUCUAGAGGAUGCUCUGACAUAAUCUUGUUGGAUGCCGUGUUCGGGUGCUUCUCUCUAUCUGCGGAAGAUAUCUUUUAUCGAGUGAAGCGUGGUUCCAUUGAAAAGGCGGCAAAGUGAAAAAGUUGUUGAAAUUAAAUAAAUUAAAAAAGUUUCGGCUUCGGCUUGCGUGGCCCCAGUUUGGGCUUUUGUAAGUGAAAAAGUGAAAUUCGCGUUUGCUUGGCUGUUCAUCAUAGUGAACCUAUUCAGAGCAAGUCCGGGGAAAACGCGCCAACUUCAGAGGCGAAACUUGGUGAAUGGAUUUCGACUCUGAUAUGGUGGUUUGUGGAUGAUACGUUCCAGUGAUUAGGAAUAUUGUGGAUCAAAGGGAGCUACUGGUAGUGAAAGAUAGAAGAUCCCGGGCGUUGAUAAAACAAAUUUUCGGGAAAGGUGGUGCGAAAACUGGAGCUGAAGUUGCUAUAACUGGCCGUGGAUGUGAUUGCACGAUGUGCAUUGAGCCUGACCUGUGGUUUUGACUAGUGGUAGUAGUACAACUGAUUGCCGUCGUUAUGGUUGACCCACUGAAAAUAUUUUGGGUACUGACAAACAGCACUUAUUUAGUUACAAAAUUCAUCAAAACCGGUAACGCUGACAAGAACGACUACCCGCUCUACUUCGAGAAGGUCAUCUAUGAGGCUGACAUUGACGAAAAUGUCGAAGUCAACCACAACUUUCUCAACGUUACCGCAAAAACGCACGCUGAAGCGCCCAGUAUUCGAUACAAGAUCACAAGCGGUAACAUAGGCGAUGUGUUUGCGAUCCAUAACACAACCGGAGCGCUGUACGUAGCGAAAGCACUGGAUUACGAGAAAAUUAAAAAGUACGAGCUCCGGUUGACGGUGUCGGACAGUUUCAAGGAGAACUACACAACAGUGCUGGUGAACGUUAAGGAUGUCAACGACAACCCACCGGUCUUCGAGAGAUCAUCAUAUCGCACGCAAAUCACCGAGGAGGACGACCGAGGCCUACCGAAGCGGGUUAUGCGGGUCACAGCAUCGGACGCUGAUGUGGAGCGACCGAGCAACAUAAUCUACUUCCUGACCGGGCCCGGAAUCGACAUCGAAAAUCCGUCGGAGAGCAACUUCGACAUCAACAAAGCGACGGGGGAAAUAUUUGUUUUAAAGCCGCUUAAUCGAGACCCGCCCCAUGGGAGACCAUUGUGGAAGUUUACGGUGUUUGCCCAGGACGAAGGCGGCGAGGGACUGGUGGGGUUCACCGAGGUCCAAAUCAAACUGAAAGACAUCAACGAUAAUGCUCCAUCGUUCCCGCAGGGGAUUUACUACGGGAAUGUGACCGAAAAUGGGACGGUCGGAAUGUAUGUGAUGACAAUAAAGGCACAGGACAAUGAUGACGUGGACGAGGGAACGCAUGCCAAAAUCGUCUACUCGAUAGAAAAAAACGCAAUAGAGGAGGAAACGGGACUGCCUAUUUUUGAUAUUAACCCGGACACGGGAGUCAUUACGACAGCGGUGUGCUGUCUGGAUCGGGAGAAAACUCCGGAUUACUCACUGCAAAUAGUGGCCACGGACGGGGGAGGGCUUAAAGGUACGGGGACGGCAUCGAUAAAAGUGAAAGACCUGAACGAUAUGCCUCCACAUUUUACAAAAGAUGAAUGGUUCGUGGAGGUCGAGGAAACUGAUGGGAAUAUACUGCCAGAGGCGCCAAUUCUCACAGUAACCGUUAACGACGAUGAUGAGAUUAACAACUUUCAGUAUAAGAUCAUCGAAAGUAGUGGAUAUGGAGCGGAUAAGUUCGCCAUGAUCAAAAACAACGAUGGAACUGGUAGUUUGAGGGUGGUUCAACCGUUGGACUUUGAAGAUCCGAUGCAGAUCAAUGGGUUUCGCUUUCGGAUUCAAGUCACAGACAACGAAGGAAUCAACGACACUGAUAAGUAUCACGUUGAUCAUUCGUGGGUUAUCGUAAAGCUGAAAGACAUCAACGAUAAUACCCCACGGUUUCGAAGACCACAUAUGGAAGCUUACACAUCAGAAAACGACGAAGUCGGCAAGACACUGGUCAGCUUCAAGGCCAUUGAUAUCGACAAGGCCGGAAAGAGCAAGAUAACCUACAUGAUCAACAGAGCAACAGACCGGAAACGGCAGUUCUCGAUCAGUGAUGAAGGAACGGUCACGAUCCAACGCCAGCUUGAUCGAGAAGCAAUCUCCAAGUACAAUCUGGAAAUACUUGCCAUCGAUGAUGGAGUUCCGCCACGAACAGCCACCGCAACUCUCACCGUAGAAGUUAAGGACGUCAAUGAUAACGCUCCCGUCUUCGCUGAAGAGUACAGACCCAUUCUGCUGGAAAACUCCCCAGCAUCCAAAAUCAUUGAAAUAUCUGCCAUCGAUCAGGAUGACCGAAGAAUGGAAAACGGACCUCCGUUCCAGUUUCGGAUGGACCCGGACGCUGACGACGUCAUUCGGACGUCGUUCAAGGUUGAACAGAACAACAAAGGGGAUGGCAUGGCUGUCGUUUCUUCGCUUAGAUCAUUUGACCGAGAGUAUCGCAAGCAGUAUGAGAUACCUAUUGUGAUCAAAGACUCCGGUAAUCCCGCACAAACCGGGACCAGCACUCUGACCGUGACGAUAGGGGAUGUCAACGAUAAUAUAAUGCAACCGGGGUCGAAGGAAGUGGUCGUUUACAAUUAUCAGGGACAAGCUCCGGACACUCCGAUCGGCAGGGUGUUUGUGAAUGAUUUGGACGAUUGGGACACGUCAGAUAAGCUGUUCUAUUGGGACGAGUUGGAAAAUCCAAGGUUCAAACUAGACGACACUUCUGGAAUGGUAACCAUGCGAAGGGGAGCUCGGGAAGGUCGAUAUAAGCUGCGUUUCAAAAUUUAUGAUCGAAAGCACGCUCACGAAUCGCAUGCCAAUAUGUCGGUGGUUGUGAAGCACAUUUCCUACGAAGCUAUUGUCAACUCGGGCUCGAUCCGUUUGCUAGGAAUCACAGAUGAGGACUUCAUUCGGAUAUGGGACUACCGAACGCAGAACAUUUUCAAAAGCAAGUUGGAGCGCUUCAGGGAGAAGUUGGCCGAGCUUUUGAACAUCGACAAGAAGAAUGUGGAUGUGUUCAGUGUGCAGAUAAAGCAAAAGAGUCCAGCAAUCACGGAUGUGAGGUUCUCAGCGAGAAACGCAUACUACUUCAAAGCAGUUCAGCUGAAUGGAGUCGUAUUACUGCACAAGGAAGAUAUCGAACAAGCGGUUGGCAUUAAUAUAACCAUGGUCAACAUCGACGAAUGUCUGGUGGAAAAUGGUGACUGCAACGGAUCGUGCACUCACAUAAUGGAGGUUCAAGCGAACCCAUCCCUGGUUAACGCCAACAAAACAGCUUUGGUUGGGGUACAGAUCAAAUCAACGGCAGAGUGCAUGUGCAAUGCCAGAGAAUACAAGCAGCAGCAAAGUUGCAAAUCGCAUCCAUGUCUGAACGGAGGCAGAUGCUCGGACACCAAAUCCGGGAUACGCUGCUCCUGUCCUCCCGGUUACAGUGGACCGCGAUGUCAGCAAACGGUGCGUAGUUUUCGAGGCAACGGCUGGGCAUGGUAUCCAUCGCUGGACAUGUGCGACAAGUCACAUAUCAGCGUAGAAUUCAUCACAACGAAAGCGGAAGGACUAAUUUUCUACAAUGGUCCAAUCGUCCCACCAGAUGACAACAACGAGCAACAGCAGUCCGAUUUUAUUGCACUGGAAUUAGAACAAGGGUAUCCGAGAUUCCUCAUCGACUACGGAUCCGGAACGUUGGAAUUGCGGAUACAAACCAAGAAUCCAUUGAACGAUGGGGACUGGCAUAGGAUAGAUUUGUUCUGGGAUACGGAACGAGUGAAAAUGAUUGUCGAUUACUGUAGAACGGCGGUCAUUACGGAAGCAGAUGACGGUAAUAUAGUAGAGUUUGUAGACCACACAUGUCAAGCCGCCGGGCGCGUUCCACAAUUCAACGAGUACCUAAACCUGAACACUCCGCUGCAAAUAGGAGGAGUGUUUCGAGAGAAGUUCGAUUAUACUUACAACCGAUGGCAGUACAUGCCAGUAGCAGCUGGUUUUGAAGGUUGCAUUCGUAACUUCAAGCACAACGGGAUUCUCUACGAUCUGUCACAUCCAGGUCUCUCCAAAAGCACCAUGUCUGGAUGCGUUUUUACUCAAGAAGUUUGCGACCUGAAUCCACAAGUUUCGAAAUGCUUGGAACAUGGCAAAUGUAUUGGCAAUUUCGAUGACGCCAAAUGCGAGUGCAACCCAGGUUGGUCGGGAACCUACUGUAGCCUACCGACAACUCCAACAACCUUCAAAACUCACAGCUACGUGAAGUACGCAUUGAGCUUCGAGCCGGACAAGUUCACCACGCAAAUUCAGCUGCGUUUCAGGACGCGGGAAACGUUCGGGGAGCUGUUCCGAAUAAGCGAUCAGCAUAUGCGAGAGUACGGCAUCAUUGAGCUGAAGGAAGCCAAGCUGUGGUUCCGGUACAGCUUGAACUCCGGACAGGUCGAAGAGCGUGACGUAUCGCUGAGCGCCGUUGAGGUAGAUGACGGCCAGUGGCAUGUGGUCAGGAUCCAACGGUACGGAUCGGCAGCCAUUUUGGAACUGGAUGGCGGGGAGGGUGCUAAUUUCAACCAGAGUUUUUCGUUCGAUGGACACCAGUGGUUGUCGGUGGAUAAGCAGGAAGGCGUUUAUGCCGGCGGUAAGCCGGAGUACACGGGGGUGAAGACCUUCGAGGUGCAGGCGGAUUACCAGAAGAGCUGUAUCGAUGAUAUAAGAUUGGAUGGCAAAAGCCUGCCUUUGCCUCCGACGACCAACGGCACCCAGUGGGGUCAGGCAACGAUGGCGAAAAACAUCGAACGGUAUUGUUCGUCCAACAAUCCGUGCCAGAAUGCGUACUGUCCAGAGCCAUUCGAGUGCGUCGAUCUCUGGAACAAGUACGAAUGCGCCUGUGGUGAUGGAAUGAUCAUCUCGCCGGAGGGCAAAACCUGUAUCGACCGGAACGAAUGUCUGGACUAUCCGUGUCUGAAUGGAGGAACCUGCAUCAACCAGGAGCCCCGGUUCAAGUACAAAUGUAUCUGUCCGGACUCGUACUGGGGCGAGAGCUGCGAAUUUCUGAAGGAACGACAAGCGUUGAAAUUCAGCACAAGUGCCUUGGCUGCUGUAAUUACAUGUCUAUUGCUGAUUAUUAUUUUAUUGUUUCUGUACUUUUCUUGUUCUCGCCGCCGUUCGGCAAACUUCAACAAGAAACCUGCAACGAAGGAUGACAUCCGAGAAAACAUCAUCAACUACUGCGACGAAGGCGGUGGCGAAAACGACAUGACUGCGUUCGACAUGAAAACCCUCAAAAUUCCUAUAGGACCACUUCCGGAGCUGGUGCAGCACAAAGCACCUCCCGUACGUCCCGAUAUUGCAGUCGUGUCCGACCAGGUCCUCACCAAGAUCGACGUGUUCCUGGACGAUCGCAAACGAAGGGUGGACGUCGAUCCCGCAUCCGGGCCCUUCGACGACCUGCGAAAUUAUGCCUACGAAGGUUGUGGGAGUACGUCGGGCUCACUAAGUUCCUUACAGUCAGGUACUGAUGAUGAACCCCAUGAGUAUAACUUUUUAACGGCAUGGGGUCCACGUUUUGAUAAGUUAGUCAAUAUUUACGAACCAAAAAUACAAAUUGAAGACGAUGAUGUUAGUUAAGGGUAACUCUGUUUCGGUUCGUGCUUUGUUAUCCGUUUUUGUACUUUUGAUGGCGACUUGGUGAACUCUGUCGCCCAUCGUUGUCGUAAGUGUAGUUAAUUGAUAUAGGCUAUUAUUUUUAUAUACAUUCGAACCAGUGUAGAUAUCACGAAGGAAAUGAGUAUUAAACGAAUAUUAGUGUGUAAGUUGUGACGAGGGAUAGCUAAACGAUACCAACCAAUACAAACAAAAAAAAAAAUGAGGAAAAUCAGAC